AUGGUUGAUAUCAGGGCCAAUAGUGCGCACACAUCGACCAGUAUAGACUCUCUGGUCAAGAAGAUGGUAAACCUUGCUCUCGCAAAAGAACACAAGCGCCUCCCGAUCAAACGCGAAGAUAUCACUUCAAAAGUCCUCGUCCACCAGGAAAGACGCAUGUUCAAGACCGUUUUCCAACACGCACAGCUCAAACUGAUGGAUGUAUUUGGAAUGGAAAUGACGGAGCUCCCUCCAAAACAAGACAUAACCACUUCCCAGCGGAGAGCCACCCAAAAAAUCAAGAAACACUCAACCAGGAAGUCCUGGAUCCUAUCUACCACCCUACCACCCAAGUACCGCACCCCAUCUAUCCUGAUCCCCACCAAAGCCCCCUCGGCCAACGAAGAAGCCAUAUACACGGGGCUCUACACUUUCAUUAUUGCCGUCAUCACGUUGAACGGGCCCUCGCUAAACGAAGACAAACUCAUGCGUUACCUUAAACGCGCAAAAGCCGACGUGCAUACGCCCAUCGACAGAACAGAUAAGCUCAUCAAUCGACUGUGCAGAGAUCGCUACCUCGUCCGCACGCGGGAGGUCGACGAAAAUGAAGACGUCGUCCUGUACAUGGUCGGGCCUCGGGGCAGAAUCGAAGUCGGAUCUAAGGGCGUGGACGGGCUGGUAGAGGAGGUUUUCCGUUCUCCGCCUCCGAGUCCAUAA